GUCGGAGGUCCUUCACCCACACUCAUGCCAACAACCUGAUUGGGGCGGCCACAACCACCUUCCCAUCGCUGCAAUCCGAUAUAGUGUCGCGUAUAUGAGGGUGUUGAGAUUAGCCGCGCUAGCAGGUUUCGCUGUAGAUACUGUCCAGCCCUCAUCAGCGUCCGGGUUGCGAAGUGUGCUGCUCACCCUUGGACCCCCACCCGACGACAACGGAAGGGGGUUGCCCCCUCGCUCGGAAAUAAACAACGACGACCCAACUCAUCUCGUUUUCUACGCAACUGGCACGUUAUGGUCUUCCCAUCCGUACGAAUAUUUGUACAACCCACCCCACAAGUCGCAGACUACCUGGGCAAGGAAUUGGCAAACGCCGGCAUUGGCCAGCUGGCUUUGUGGCUACGAGUCACAGCACGUGGCAAGGAAGGGCUUGGGGGCUGCCAGAGGACUGAAGAAUCCAAAGCAACGAGGGCCACCCCUACAACUUCUGAUGUUCAUAGCUACCCUGCGUCCGCUCGCAACGUGCGGCCCCUGGCCUUGCUUGUCCUCCUCAUCAGUCACCGCUACCUUAGGGAGGGGUAAUGGCUGGCCAGAGUGCCUAACAUUGAAGUCUGGUUAGCCAUAGAAAACAUUGCGGGCCACAGGGAGAAAUCGGCCGGGAUCUCUGCGCAAUCCAAGCUCUCCAUCUCGAAACCCGCAACAGGUUCGCUGUUCCUCCUCGAAAGUGGC